CUGUCCUUUCAGAAAAUUCGACCACGUGACUGCUGAAACUAUUUCCGCGCCUCUUGAGAGGAAGCAGUUGCGCGUGCGCGCUCUCGUAAACAGCGUGACUUCCAGUUUGAGAGAUUUAAAACAUUUUUUUGUUUGUUAAAAUUCAGCUUUUGAAAAAUGAUUACUAAUAUUUAAAACAACAGAGUUACAUCUUGCCUACACUGGUGGUCACACUUACAUGAGAGCGCAUGUCAUCAUGCACGCGUCGUCAUUAGGUUAGCCGCGGGAUUUUAAACUGAGGUAAAAAAAAUUACAGUGACUGAUCUAUCAUCUUUGCUGGUCUUGGAGGAACAUGAUUAAACUAAGCCGACCAUGGGCCGAAUCAGCCCCGUCUGGACCUGCAAACAGCCUGCAGAUCCGGCGCGGCCCGCGGAGAACUAAACCGAACCAAGCGUGUCGAAACCAAGCAGACUCCUCUCAGCGACAGCCCAGACAAACGCAGGGUCCGACCUUGCUGAUCCAAAGGCAGGAGAUGGCCGCUUUCUUUAGAAUGUUCGAUGAUGAUCUCAUACAGGAUUUUCUGUGGCUGGAUUGCUGCUGCAAACUUUCUGACAAGUAUUUGCUGGCUAUGGCGUUUGUGUACUUCAGGAGGGCUCAUUUCCGUAUCGGUGAAUACAACAGAAUGAAUUUCUUCGUUGCCCUUUAUCUGGCAAACACCAUGGAAGAGGAUGAGGAGGAGCCCAAGUAUGAGAUCUUCCCCUGGGCUCUGGGAAAGAGCUGGAGGAAACAUUUCCCACAGUUCCUGAAGCAAAAAGACCAACUGUGGGCACGCAUAGAGUACCGAGCUGCGGUCAGCAGAAGAUGCUGUGAGGAGGUGAUGGCUAUCAUGCCAUCUCAUUUCAUCUGGCAGCGUGAGCGUGCAGAGCAUCACAGUGGUGCUCAGAGACUGUACAGAAACCGGGGAGCGAUCCUCAUACCCCGUGGACCCUCUGCUUCUCCAGAACCUUGUUCAAUCUGUGCCAAGACCACCGCUCAUCCUCUGCCACGACCAUCCUCUGCUGGAGCCCGUUCUGCAUCUGUGCCCCUGGAGACCACCCCACACAAGUACCAAGCUUCACGCAGGCCCAGUAAACUGAUCAAGGCUCGGCACACAUGUAGCCUCACAAACAUAGCAGGUAAUGUGAACAAUGAGAGAUGUCGAGAUCAUUCGAUGGACUGGAUCAGUGAGGAGUAGAUCAACUGCAUAACAUCAAAAAAUUCUGUGCCUGUUUACCAUGUUGAUUAUA